AAGUAGGACAGCCGUGCAACUUCAUUCUGUUUGCAUGGCUUUUGCAGGCCAACGAAGAUGCACACGUAUUAAGGCCAAGGAUAUUGCAACUGCGUACACAGUGAUGGACUCUCAGAACCGUGCCGCGCUGGAUAUCUCUACCAGAAACCCCCAAGAUGACUUUGAAAUACUUUUGCGAGUCGGCGGAGGCACCUACGGAGAAGUCUAUAAGGCCCGAAACAAACAGAAUGGAGAAAUGGCCGCCCUCAAGAUCAUCAAGAUGGAACCAGAGGACGACUUUUCGGUGAUCCAGCAGGAAAUCGUGAUGGUGAAGAGCUGCAUGCACCGCAACAUCGUAGCUUACUACGGUAGCUAUAUCCGGGCCAACAAGCUAUGGAUUUGUAUGGAAUACUGUGGUGGAGGAUCUCUCCAAGACAUCUACCAUGUGACUGGACCUCUGUCAGAGCAGCAGAUUGCCUAUGUGUGCAGAGAGAUGCUAACGGGUCUUGAAUAUCUGCACGGACAGAAGAAGAUUCACAGAGACAUUAAGGGUGCAAAUAUUCUUCUGAAUGACCACGGAGAAGUGAAGCUUGCGGACUUUGGGAUUUCAGCGCAGAUCACGGCCACGUUUGCUCGCCGCAUGUCCUUCAUUGGAACGCCAUACUGGAUGGCUCCAGAGGUUGCCGCCGUGGAGAUCAAGGGUGGCUACAAUGAGCUGUGCGACAUUUGGUCCGUGGGCAUCACUGCCAUCGAGCUGGCGGAGCUGCAGCCUCCCAUGUUUGACGUUCACCCACUCAGGGUCCUGUUUCUCAUGUCCAAGAGCGGCUACCAGCCUCCGAAAUUAAAGGACAAAGCAAAGUGGUCAACUGCAUUUCAUAACUUCAUCAAGAUGAUGCUCAUCCGGAACCCGAAGAAGAGGCCCAGUGCCUCUAAGAUGUUGACGAAUAGCUUUCUUGCUCAGACCUGUUUAAACAAGUCCCUGACCCUGGACCUCCUGGAGAAGCUUCGGCAUCCAGAAAGGCUCAAGGACUGCCUGCAGGCCGAGGAAGAGGACAUGGAGGUGAUCAUACCAGGAUCCCUGAGAAGAAUCCGCUCCACAAAUCGACACAGCAAAGCUGAACGCACCAAUUCCAACAGCAGCUGGCAACAGAUACACACCAAAGAACCAGUGCAGCCAGACAGAAAGCUUUUGGAUGGAACGGUACAGCACAAGCGAGACGGCAUAUCGACAAGUUCUGCGAACAGAGAUGACGUGACGCACAGGAGAGAAAACAGGGUUACAGUCAACACGAAGCCUAUUCCAAGGAAACACAGGGUACAAGGCAGGGAGGACAGCAUGGAUUCGGAUGACGAUUACGACGAUGUGGAUAUCCCUAGUAACUAUAGCAAUAGCGAAACCUUGCCAGCGGAUGAGGUCCCGCCCCCACUUCCUCCAAAACCGAAGCUGCGGACGAGCUCGGAGGAGAGUGUCAGCGGGGAUGACAGUCGGGGGCGGGGAGCCCCCUGCUCCCUGUACGCCCCCUCCCCCUUAGUGCGCUGCUCAAGCAGCACUCCUACCCGCCCCGUCCCUCGUCCGCGGUCUGUCCGCAACGUCAACUCCGACCCCACCUCAUUUGCUGGUCACAUGAUUGACAGCCCCCCAGACCUACAGCCACCCGUCCUUCCCCCAAAGAAGGAUAGGAGGCUGCGACAAUGCCAGCAGGUGCCAGGAGAUGGACCAAGUACAGCACUGAAGAAACCUCCAGUAAUCUUUAAAAAGGUCUUUCAUGGGUGUCCUUUAAAGAUCAACUGCUCAACCAUAUGGGAUCAUCCCACAACCAAAGAUCAUCACCUAAUCUUUGGAGCAGACGAGGGCAUCUUCACACUCAAUUUGAAUGGGCAGGAAGCCACAAUGGAGCUGCUCUAUCCUGGAAAGUGCACUUGGGUCUAUACCAUUAACAACGUCCUCAUGUCAAUAUCAGGAAAGGCAUCCCAGCUGCACUCUCACUCCCUGAAGGAGCUGUAUGAACAGGCGCGUAAAGAGCAUCGCAUCGUGGCGUUGCCAACACACAGACUUCUGCCCAGGAAAUGUGCCAUAACUAGUAAAAUCCCAGACACCAAGGGCUGUAAGAUGUGCCGUGUAGGUCAAAACACACAGCAGGGCUGCAUCUUCCUGUGUGGGGCUCUCGAGUCCAGUGUGGUGCUGCUGCAGUGGUAUGAGCCCAUGCACAAGUUCAUGCUCAUCAAGCAUUUUGACUUCCCGCUACCCAGCCCUCUGCGGGUGUUUGAGAUUCUGAUCGCUCCAGACCAGGAGUACCCACUGGUCUGCAUCGGAGUGACCAGGGGGCCGAACCCGUUCCAGCCCGUGCAGCUGGAGAACAUCAACCUCAACUCCAAUACCUCCUGGUUCACAGAUAGUGGCUCAGGGAAUUCCUCUCCCGAUAUAGUACAGGUCAACCAAUUGGACUGCAGCACUCUGCUGGUGCUCCUGGAGAAGACUGUACAUAUUGUGAGCCUGGAGGGCACCCCAAAGAGCCAGUGCAAGCUGCAGACUGAGACAAACUUCUCCUUCAGCUUGGAGGCCGUAGUGUUUUUUGAAGACACCUUGCUAGCGAUGUGGAGACACGGGUGGCAGCGAAGAGGAGAGUGCUUCUCAGACAUCCUGCAGGAGAUCACGGAUCCCAAGAAGGCCUUCCGUCUCGUGGGAUCAGACAGGACGGUUGUCAUGGAAACACGGCAAUGUGAGGACCAGUCGGGGCUCAGUAAUCUGUAUGUCCUGGAGAUUGCCGAGACAUUUGUCCCAAGUACUUGAGCUAAAAUAUAUGCAUAGGGAGACAUGCUUAUCUAUAGCUGUUGCAUCCCUCUUAUGACUUGUGACCAUUCCAGAAACUCUGCCAGCCCUUGUGACGUCACAAUUCUCCAAGUCAAACCCAAACUAGAUCUUCAUUUACUACCCAAAGUUAUUGUAUAUUUCAGAUUUUUUAUUUUUUUUUUGGUUUCACGUAUCAAAAGACUUUCCAACCAAUAACUCAUAGAGCUGAGAAGUUCAUCAAACAUGCUGGUAUUUUCAGUGUAAAAUACAACCAAUUGGACAUUGAUUUGUUCUUUUUUCUUUGUGAUUUCACUCUCACAAACACGGGCACAAAGUUGAAAUAGUGCAUUUCCGAGUGAUGUAUGUCUUGAUUCCAAGCCACCUUCAUCCAUAGUCCGAAUGUGAAUCCUACUUUAACAUUAUGUACAGAGCUGAGUAAUUCAGGUCCAGAGAGUAAAAGUCCAGACCAAGAUUUUGUUUCAACCAACCACUUGAGCAUAAAGAGUCACAGUCACACAGUACUCAACUGGUUGGUUGAAACAAAAUCCCGGUCUGGACUUUUACUUUCUGGACCUGAAUUACCCAAGUCUGAUUAUGUUAAUGGUCCUCAAAGUCGGUCCUCGGGCCCCACUGCCCUGCUUGUUUUCCUGCUAUCCUGGGCCUGGGGACUGAGUUUGAGAACCACUGGAUUAUAUACACAAAUAAACCUUAUGUGUCACAACACAUCAGUGGGCUGCAAACAAGAUACUAAAGUGGUCUGCUGGUACAUACUACUCCACCUGCUAACCACUGAUUUCCUUAAACACCUCCCAUGCUCUCCUGUUUUUACCAGAAAUCGCUUAGUGUCUCAAAAAGCUCACAAACUUUUCUGUUUGACGAGUAAGCUUUUUUCCAAAUAUGAAAUAUAAAGUUACGCAUUAUUACAAGUGAUGUGCGUUUCUGAUAUAAAUUUAUUCAAAGGAAACAUUUCCCAAAAUGUGUACAAAAAAAUUUGUGACUUGGCUGCUUGUAGAUAACACCAUGAAAAAAGUCAUUAAGUCUCGAGAGCUUUAAGCUCUUUCCAAAUAUACUUGUCUAGCUAAACACAUUAAAUGUUUAAUGUUAAAUGUAGCUAUUUGCCGCAUGUAAUUUUCUCUGUAUAUUUAAUUUAGUUAUGUAAUAAAACUGUGUUGCUAAGUGCCAA